GUAUGCUUGUCCCACCGCCCCACUCGCGGGUUCGUUGAAGCUCCUGACCGUAAUGGUGACUGAGAACCCCGACCUCCUGGCAGACAAUGGCACCCACAUCGAACGCCGAGUUGCUCCAUGGGUGCAUUUUGUAACCGUUGGUAGUAUUUGAGUUUGACUGAAAAUGUAAGAUAUUAUUUUUGCGCAAAGGCUCUUAAAUGAUAUCGCUCGUGGACUUCAUUAAAUGAGAGGGAGCUGAUGGAGAUAUUUGCUACUUUGUAGCGAAUGCUGCAGACAUGAAGAUCACGGACAGCGUGGUUAGAAGUUUCAGGGUUGCCCGAACAUAUCGAGUAAAUUCACAGAAAGUCAACUGUGUGGACUUUAGCCCAAAUGGUGAAAAUGCAAUAGCAAGUAGCGACGACGACUGCAUUGUUUUAUAUGACAUCCGAGAAGGAAAACCUGAAAGGACCCUGUUCAGCAAGAAGUAUGGAGUAGACCUCAUCCACUACACCCAUGGAGAUGCACAGACAGUCGUUUACAGCUCCAACAAACUAGAUGAUACCAUCCGAUAUUUGUCACUCAUUGACAACAAGUACAUCAGGUAUUUCCCAGGUCACACGGCAAGAGUUAUUGCUCUCUCGAUGUCACCAGUAGAUGAUACGUUUAUCUCGGGCUCGUUGGACGAAACAAUCCGGAUCUGGGAUCUGCGCGCUCCAAACUGUCAAGGUUUGACUAAUCCACUGGGGAAACCUGUAUGUUCCUUUGACCCUGAUGGCCUGAUAUUUGCUGCAGGGGUAGAAUCACAAGCCGUUAAACUGUACGACCUCCGUGCUUUUGACAAGGGUCCCUUUGCCUCUUUUGAUAUGAGGUUUAAUCGUGUCUGCGACUGGACUGGACUCAAAUUCAGUAAUGACGGGAAACAGAUUCUCAUCUCCACCAAUGGAGGGAUGAUUUGUGUCCUGAAUGCUUUCAAUGGAUCUGUGCUGCACACUUUUUCUGGCUACAACAACAGUAAAGGGAUAUCCCUGGAGGCCUGCUUCACUCCAGACUCUCAGUUUGUCAUGAUUGGUUCAGAGGACGGGAGAGUCCAUGUUUGGAGCACUGAGAGUGGGAUGAAGGUUGCUGUGCUGGAUGGGAAGCAUCCAGGACCCAUCAACACUCUACAGUUCAACCCCAGAUACAUGACGUUUGCCAGCGCCUGCACUAACAUGUUGGUGUUAGAUUCAUACAGAGAGCCAACACACAGUUGGGACAAGGAUUACGAUCAGUUCCUGCUUCCUCUGCUCACACCUCAGGAACCCUGCUACAUCCUCUACCGUCUGGACUCCCAGAAUGCACAGGGAUACGAGUGGAUCUUUAUCGCCUGGUCACCUGACCAAUCACCUGUGAGGCAGAAGAUGGUGUACGCAGCGACCCGAGCCACACUGAAGAAAGAGUUUGGAGGAGGUCACAUUAAAGAUGAAAUGUUUGGCACGGUGGAGGAUGACCUUUGCUUCCAGGGAUACUUGCGACACAUGUCGUCCUGCUGCUCGCCAGGUCCGCUCACAGCAGCCGAGCAGGAAUUACAACGAAUCAGAGUCACAGAGGAUAAAGUUAUGUGGGAUGAACGUAGACGAAUUGGGACUCCAACAGCUCGAGCGAGGGUUACAAUGGAGUUUGGCUUAGACAAAAGGGCACAGACUCUUCAAGGACUUGCAUUCCCGUUACAAGAAGAGGCCAAACGAGCUCUGCAGCAACUCAAACAGAGACGCAUCAACUACAUACAGCUGAGCCUGGAUGUAGAGAAAGAGACCAUUGAGCUGGUUCACACCAAACCUACAGAGACCCAUGAGCUUCCCUACAGGAUUCCUGCAGAUACGCCCAGAUACCACUUCUUCAUCUUCAAACAUUCCCACCAGGGCCAGCGGCAGGAGGCACUGGUGUUCAUAUAUUCGAUGCCUGGGUACACCUGUAGUAUCAAGGAACGGAUGUUAUACUCCAGCUGUAAGAACAGGCUACUGGAGGAGGUCGAGAAAGACUACCAGCUGGAGGUCACCAAAAAGAUGGAGAUAGACAAUGGCGACGGCCUGACAGAAGACUUCCUGUACGAGGAGGUGCACCCAAUAGAGCACACCUUAAAGCAGGCCUUUGCCAAACCCCGAGGACCAGGAGGAAAGAGGGGCAACAAACGCAUCAUCAAGGGUGCAGGGGAGAAUGGGGAGGACAGUUAGACAGUACACACAGAUACAUUAUACACAAGUACACAAGCACACCAACACUAUAUCUAUGAAUUGAAUUGUUAUUUGACUGUUUAGCUUUUAGCCAUUUCUUCUUUUUACUGCAGUCACACAUUUCAUACUAAAAAAAGGAGGACAAAUAAUAAAGAUCCACCAUGAAGCAGAAUCUGAAUAUAUG